AUGAAACUCAAAGUAAAAACCUCAGAUGUCGAAGGGGGCGAUCCUAAGCUCUCUCCAUCACCCACUACAGCAUCUAAAGGACUACCAGACAAUGUGAAAUUGCUGAUAGGGGCGGGUGGCAUCUACGCCUCGUUUCUGUAUUAUGGAUCACUGCAAGAAGACGUCUUCAACUACGAAGCGCAAGAUGGCGUUAGGUUCACUCAAGCUUGGUUCCUCCAAGUUCUAGAGGCACUGGCUAAUCUCUUUGUGGGAUUCAUAGGCAUGCGCUUAGCUGGACAAACUACGGGUAUUCCAAUCAAAAUGUUUGGGAUCUCUGGAGUCACCCAAGUAUCGUCCAAAGCUUUCACGUCCAUGGCCCUGGCGAACGGGCUUAGCUUUCCUGUUGCAACGCUUGCAAAGAGUGGAAAGAUGGCUCCGGUAAUGAUAGGUCAACUUCUUUUGGGAGGCUCGACCUAUUCCGUGCGACAGUAUCUUCAGGUUGCUGCAAUCAUCCUUGGAACCGCAAUUGUAUCCAUGGGCAAGAAAAAAGCACCCACGGCUGCGUCUUCUUUUUUGGGAGUCGUAUAUAUCAUCAUUGCUCUGGUAAUGGACGGACUCACUGCGGGAUACCAAAAAAAGUUGAAGACUGAAACCGAGAAAAUUGGGAUUCACCCAAAGCCAUAUGACUUUAUGUUCUGGACCAAUCUAUCCAUGUGCCUGACGGCUGUGCUUAUAACUAUCAUCCUGGGAGAGUUCCGUACUGGCAUCGACUUUCUUAUGGCAAACCCUGUUAUUCUGAGCAAGAUUAUCAAGUUUUCCACUUGCAGUGCAGUUGGCCAGUCGUUCAUUUUCUACACAAUCGCUCAUUUUGACCCGCUCGUCGUGACCACCAUUACAACCACGCGAAAGAUUCUCAGCGUCCUCCUUUCGAUUUUCUUGAAGGGUCAUUCUUUAUCGUUGACGGGUUGGUCUGGCUUGGGCUUGGCAUUUGGAGGGAUUAUCUCUGAGUUGAAAUCAAAAAGCAGCAAGAAAAAGAAUUAUUCUUGA